CGCCUCCAGACGAAAUUUGACGCUGCUGCUCUUCAUCACAGUUCAGAGGGAAACUGCGUAUUUUCUCCGUCCCCGCAGGAAAUCAAGUUGUUUCUCGGCUCAGCGGAUUUAAAGGAUCUUCGGGGAUGGACAAACUGAAGUCUGUCCUCAGCGGUGAAGAGGCGCGUAGAGAUGAUCGAACCGUCUUAGAGACUGUGAACGAAGCCUCCACUUUGGGCUGGACCACACGGAUCAAGGGAUUCGUCGCCUGUUUUGUGGUGGGGGGCGCGUGCACGUUGCUGGGAGUGUGUUUGCUCUUCCUCCCCAGGAUUGGACUCACACUCUUCAUCGUCUUUUACACUUUUGGAAACAUAUGUGCUUUGGGCAGCACCAUGUUUCUGAUGGGGCCACUGAAGCAGCUGAAGAGGAUGUGUGACAAAACAAGAGCACUGGCCACUGCUAUUAUGAUUACCUGCCUGGUGUUGACUCUCUGUGCAGCUUUCUGGUGGAAGAACUUUGGACUUGCUUUGUUAUUUUGCAUCUUACAAGUCUUGUCAUUUGCCUGGUACAGUCUGUCAUACAUCCCAUGUGUGAGGGAGGCCAUAAUGAGGAUGUUGGCGGUCUGCAUGAGAUGAGCCGCGUCUUCAUGCUGAAGCCUGAGGCUGGAUGAAGUGAAAUGGGCGUGUCCUUAUUGAUGUUAUUAUUAUAUAUUAUUAUUCUGCUUCAGAGUCUGUGACUCUUACCGCUGCUCAGCCCUCCUCUGUUAAUACAUCACAUGUUUUUAUCUCCAAGUAUGUCUCUUUUUCCUCUUUUAAUUUAAUUGAUUCAUUUUUGCUAUGAAUUACUAUGUUAUUGAUGACUCCAGUUGAGACCAAGUUUUACAUGUGGGCAUAUUUUGUAAUAUAUGUAAAUAUUUGUAAUAAAUGAUUGUUAAUGGUUUUGUAAA